CGCCCGCCGCGCUGCUGUCUGGCGGGGGAGGAGCUGAAGGCCGGCGAGCAGCGGCUCAGCGGUCGUGGCGCUUGGACGUCCGAGAGCUCUGCUCCUCCGGAGAGCGUGCGGGCGUCGUCCCUGGGCCAUCCACGAGCCAGCAGGAAAGGAUUUACUGGCAGAGAAAUACGACAUCUGAAGUCCCAAUGCACAGAUCAGCCCCCAGCCAAACCACCAAGAGGAGCCGAUCGCCUUUUUCUAGCACACGUCGGAUUUGGGACGACAGUGCAAGCUCAGGGGCGAGCCUGAAUGUUGAUGAUGAGGACUACUCCAGGUACCCGCCAAGAGAGUAUAGGGCUUCGGGGAGCAGAAGAGGAAUGGCUUAUGGACAUGCUGACUGUUUGGGGGCAGAUGAUAGUGAGGAGGAGGGGGCUGGGCCUGUUGAGCGUGCACCGGUGAGAGGGAAAACUGGCAAGUUUAAAGAUGAUAAGCUGCAUGAUGCAGAGAAAGGUGCAAGGUCUUUGGCGGGAGUGCCCUCACAGUUCUCUGGUUUUAACCAUGAUGUGAGAGAGGAGCUUGACAAGCUAGAGCCAGCCCCUGCAGCCAGGUGUUCUGCUAGCAGAGCCGAGUUCCUGCAGCAAGGUAGCAUGGCUUCUCAGAAGCCUGCAGAAAGCAAGGUGGCUACAAAUGGUGACCACCUGGAGAGGGAGAGACAGGAGCAGAAUUUACCUGUGUGUCCCAGCAGGGCUCCUGUGAGUAUCUGUGGUGGUGGGGAAAACACCGCAAAGAGUGCAGAGGAACCAGUGGUGAGGCCCAAAAUUAGAAAUCUGGCCAGUCCCAACUGUGUGAAACCAAAAAUAUUUUUUGAUACUGAUGAUGAUGAUGAUAUGCCACACAGUACUUCCAGGUGGAGAGAUACUGCCAAUGCUGAUGAUGGCCACUCAGAUGGCCUGGCAAGAAGAGGCAGAGGUGAGAGUUCAAGUGGCUACUGUGAGCCAAAGUACCCAGAAGACAAGAGGGAAGCCAGGAGCGACCAAGUGAAGCCAGAAAAGGUGCCAAGACGGAGACGAACCAUGGCCGACCCUGACUUCUGGACAUACAGUGAUGACUACUACAAGUACUGUGAUGAAGACUCUGACAGUGAUAAAGAGUGGACCGCCACUCUGCGUCGUAAGUAUAGAGGUCGGGAGCAAGUUCUGUCCUCCAGCAGUGAAAGUUGGGAGACACUGCUGGGGAAAGAAGAGCCAGAAACUGAACAAGCCAGAGCUAAAGCCAGUGCUGUUACCGCUGCUGGUGCCACCGCCAGUGCCAGUAGCCUUGGCAGCAAAGAACUCGGAGAAGCUUGCGGACCAUCUCUUCAGGAAGAGGUGCAGGCAUCCCCAGCAGGAGGACAAGCCCCUUGGCACCAGUAUACUGAAAAUGAGAGCAGCAGCGAGGGUGACAAUGAUUCGGGCCAGGAGUUUCUGCAGCCCGGGGUGUUCAUGCUGGAUGGAAACAACAACCUGGAAGAUGACUCCAGUGUGAGCGAAGAUCUCGAAGUGGAUUGGAGCCUCUUUGAUGGGUUUGCCGAUGGGCUCGGUGUGGCUGAAGCCAUCUCCUAUGUGGAUCCUCAGUUCCUUACAUACAUGGCACUCGAAGAACGCCUGGCCCAGGCCAUGGAGACUGCCCUUGCGCAUUUAGAGUCGCUCGCGGUAGACGUGGAGGUGGCCAAUCCGCCGGCGAGCAAGGAGAGCAUCGACACUCUCCCUGAGAUCCUGGUCACUGAAGACCACAGUGCGGUAGGGCAGGAAAUGUGCUGUCCAAUCUGUUGCAGUGAAUAUGUGAAGGGGGAGGUAGCCACCGAGCUGCCCUGCCACCACUACUUCCACAAGCCAUGCGUGUCCAUUUGGCUUCAGAAGUCAGGCACCUGCCCUGUGUGCCGCUGCAUGUUCCCUCCCCCACUGUAAGACCAAGGCACUUUACUCUUGGUCUGAUGAUUUUCCCCAUCUGAAAUCCACUAUACUGCAGGAGCCCUUGCACAAUUAACAAUUAAAUUGAAACCAUUAAAAUGAAAACAAUCAUUCGAUUAAUCUACACCUGUUGAUUCUUUGUGAUUUUUUUUUCCUCCAAUGUGAAAAUGGUCAUGUACGACUCAUUAAAAAUCAUACUGUCUUUUAGAGGUUAGAAAGGAAAAACUAAACUUUCUAAAUGCUACUUGAGAUUGCAGUAAGAGCAUACAUUUUCUAACAGGAAAGUUGAAAUCAAUUGCAGUUGUUUCCUUUAGUAGAAUAUGUUGCUGUUAAUUGUAACAUCAGGUUAAUCUGUUAACUAUGUCCAAGAGGCAUCAUUUUUGUUGCAUGUUAUGGGUUAAUGUUCCUGUAAUGCAGUGCCCGUAAAAGCCUAUUAAAGUUCUUCUUCUGGUUUUACAUGGUAUGGUGGAAUUGCUUGGCUUUGCCUAAAACAGUGGUACUAAGUGACUUUCUCAUUGAUCCCUUGCAUCUACAUUCAAUAGGUUUUGUGGGCAUUCCUGGAGUAGAAAAGACGUUAGUUUCACUGGGAAUGCGGACUCAGCAGCAAAAAUGAAGGAUAAUUCUUUUUGAAAGUAGGAGUAAAGUGUAUGCUUUUCAUACUGUGAUGGGGGCAAUGGAGAAGACGCCGUCGGUCUAGGGGAACAAAAGAAACAAAAAGCAUGGUAAAACCAGGGCACGCUGAUGGGAAUAAAUCCAAACUGACUGUAGGGAUGAAGGAGUUCACAUCAACUUUUAGAAAUAGAAAUCUCAGAGGGAAUGGGUAAAAAAAAAAAGCUGCUUAUAACAUGCAGACUAGUGCUGUGUUAAAGAAAGGUGUCCACCUACAUUACACCCAGCUACACAGAGUGAACUCAGUGAAUUUGGCCAUAUUGGCUUCAGCUUUGCUCUCGCUCUCACUCUCACUCUCGUGCAUGCUCUCUCCUGCUGCCCAACCCAUUAUAUUUACCUUCUUUCCUCUACAGAGGUAAGCACUAUGCAGAGUGUAUUCACUUCUUUUUUACAUGUGUGUGCAUGUAUGUGUAGCUAUAUGUAUAUGUGUAGGCUAACAUGUACAUGCAUCCAUAACCAAUAUAGGGUGUUUGUUUUUUAAAUGGAUAUCAUUGAUAGAAUGUAUGUAUCGUUUUACAACAGGAUUUUUCCGCUCAACAUUGUUUUCAAGAUUGAGCCAUUUUGGGCCUCCCAUGGUGGCACACGCUGUUGAGCGCAGCGCUGGGAAGCUCUCCGCAGCCUCUGCAGAGCUGGUUCAAUCCCGGCCGGCCGGCGAGGGUACCACAUGGCAUAGCAGACCUCUCCUGUCGCACCCGCUGCUCCCCUCAGCAGUGUAUUUCUUCAGUCUGCCUGUUCUGUUCCCCCUCUGUCUCUGGUGAAUCCUCUCACCCUCCCGUGCAUCUGGCCUGUACCCCGGAUCUGUAUAAAUAAAUAA